AUGGCCAUAGAAAGAAAAAUGCUUAUGAGACUUCGUAAAAAGAAACCUGAUUAUGUUAUUUUUCAAGCGCAACAACGACAAUCUAACUUGGACAUUUCGGGACUCUUGACCACAAUCCAAAUAACGAUAAAUGCUUUGAUCACAAAGUCGAUACUUGGGAUGGCAGAUUGGAUACUUUGGAGAGCACUUGGAAGAUAUAUCGUAUAUUUGGACAUUAGACUGGAUAACGUCGAUACAAGAAGUUUCGCACGUGUACUAAAUUUAACAUUGGCGAAUCAAUCGCCGCGCUUUGAGCAAUGA